ACCCUAAACCCUGGUUGCCGAAGGCGGCGUUUGUGCAUGCAGAGCUCGCGUUUGAAACCAUCGCCACGAUAACGGUGUUGGUUCUUCCGUGCUCCCGGAAUAAGCAGCACUGUUUGCGUCGCUGCUUCGAGUCUUUCCUGCUGAUUUGUAAGUAUUAGUUGCGUAUUCAAUCCUCAGCCGAAUUCCGUGAGAAUUCGGGAUUUUCUGUUUAGUUGGUGAGAAGAAGAUAUGGAUCCCUUUUCAUCGCCACCGCCAUCAGGAUCAGGAUUAGGAGUAUCAAAUGAGGUGAUGAUGGGCCAAGUGAAGCAGCAACUCGCGCAGGCGUAUGCGGAGGAGUUUUUUGGGACAGUUAGGGACAAGUGUUUCAGCAAGUGUGUGACUAAACCAAGCUCCAGUUUGAGCGGUGGAGAAAGCAGCUGCAUAUCAAGAUGCGUGGAACGUUACAUUGAAGCCACUGGAAUUAUUAGUCGAGCUGUAAUAUCUUCUCUUCCACGAUAGCUUUCCUGACAAGUUUUCUGUCUUCUAGACAAACCCGUUGUCUUGUGACUUCGUUCAUAUAGAUUUUAAUUAUUUGGGAUCGGAAAUACCAGGAAAGAAGGAUUUGUCUCUAUUCAGCCACACCUGCAUGAGAUGUGGUUUUGAUAAUACAGCUGAAUGAGCCUCA